GUGGCGCUGCUGGGACGGGGGGGGAAGGAGACGCUUCUUCCUCCUGCUGGUCCUCUCGUUUCCCGGGAUUGGCGGCGGCGGUGGCCGCGGCCGCGAGUGACUCGGCAGCGUCUCUGGCUUCGCGUGAGAACCAUGCUGACCGACGGCGGAGGCGGCGGCACCUCCUUUGAGGAGGAUCUGGACUCAGUGGCUCCGCGAUCCGCCCCAGCCGGGGCCUCGGAGCCGCCUCCGCCGGGAGGGGUCGGACUGGGAAUCCGCACCGUGAGACUCUUUGGGGAGGCCGGGCCGGCUCCGGGAGUCGGUGGCGGCGGCAGCGGUGCGGGCGGAGGGGACGCCGCGGCGCUGGAUUUCAAGUUGGCGGCUGCCGUCCUGAGGACCGGGGGUGGAGGUGGUGCCUCUGGUAGCGACGAGGACGAGGUGUCCGAGGUUGAAUCAUUUAUUUUGGACCAAGAAGAUCUGGAUAACCCGGUGCUGAAAACAACAUCAGAGAUAUUCUUAUCAAGUACUGCAGAAGGAGCAGACUUACGCACUGUGGAUCCAGAGACACAGGCACGACUAGAAGCAUUGCUGGAAGCAGCAGGAAUUGGCAAAUUGUCAACUGCUGAUGGUAAAGCCUUUGCAGAUCCUGAGGUACUCCGAAGACUGACAUCUUCAGUAAGUUGUGCACUGGAUGAAGCUGCUGCUGCACUGACACGGAUGAGAGCGGAAAACAGCCACAAUGCGGGACAAGUAGACACUCGCAGUCUGGCGGAAGCUUGUUCAGAUGGGGAUGUGAAUGCUGUUCGUAAAUUGCUAGAUGAAGGCAGAAGUGUAAAUGAACAUACAGAAGAAGGAGAAAGCCUGCUGUGUUUGGCUUGUUCAGCCGGGUAUUAUGAAUUAGCACAAGUAUUGCUUGCUAUGCAUGCUAAUGUUGAAGACAGAGGGAAUAAAGGAGAUAUAACCCCCCUAAUGGCAGCAUCCAGUGGAGGUUAUUUAGAUAUUGUGAAAUUAUUACUUCUUCAUGAUGCAGAUGUCAACUCCCAGUCUGCAACAGGAAACACUGCACUAACUUAUGCCUGUGCUGGAGGAUUUGUUGACAUUGUGAAAGUGCUACUUAAUGAAGGCGCAAAUAUAGAAGAUCAUAAUGAAAAUGGACAUACCCCCUUAAUGGAAGCAGCCAGUGCAGGUCAUGUGGAAGUUGCAAGAGUUCUUCUAGAUCAUGGGGCAGGCAUCAACACUCAUUCUAACGAAUUCAAAGAAAGUGCUCUUACACUUGCAUGCUACAAAGGCCAUUUGGAUAUGGUUCGCUUUCUGCUUGAUGCUGGUGCAGAUCAAGAGCACAAAACAGAUGAGAUGCACACUGCCUUAAUGGAGGCUUGCAUGGAUGGACAUGUAGAGGUGGCACGUUUGCUUUUGGAUAGUGGUGCUCAAGUGAAUAUGCCUGCAGAUUCAUUUGAGUCUCCAUUAACGCUAGCUGCCUGUGGAGGACACGUUGAAUUGGCAGCUCUACUUAUUGAGAGGGGCGCAAAUCUUGAGGAAGUUAAUGAUGAAGGAUACACUCCCUUGAUGGAAGCUGCUCGGGAAGGACACGAAGAGAUGGUGGCACUACUCUUAGCACAAGGAGCAAAUAUAAAUGCUCAGACAGAAGAAACCCAAGAAACUGCUCUGACGUUGGCUUGCUGUGGAGGAUUUUCUGAAGUUGCAGACUUCCUGAUUAAGGCAGGGGCUGACAUAGAACUUGGCUGCUCCACACCUCUGAUGGAGGCUUCUCAGGAGGGACACCUGGAGUUGGUUAAAUAUUUACUGGCUGCCGGUGCUAACGUUCAUGCUACAACAGCAACAGGAGACACAGCCUUAACCUACGCUUGUGAAAAUGGACAUACGGAUGUUGCAGAUGUUUUACUUCAAGCAGGGGCUGAUUUAGACAAGCAGGAGGACAUGAAGACUAUUUUGGAGGGCAUAGAUCCGGCCAAGCAUCAGGAACAUGAAUCUGAAGGUGGAAGAACCCCUUUGAUGAAAGCUGCGAGAGCUGGCCAUUUGUGCACCGUGCAGUUUCUUAUUAGCAAAGGUGCCAAUGUGAAUAGGGCUACAGCCAAUAACGAUCAUACAGUAGUGUCGUUGGCAUGUGCAGGAGGUCACCUGGCAGUUGUGGAGCUACUCUUGGCUCAUGGGGCUGACCCUACUCAUCGUCUCAAGGAUGGCUCAACAAUGCUCAUUGAAGCUGCAAAAGGUGGCCAUACUAAUGUUGUUUCUUAUCUAUUGGAUUAUCCAAACAAUGUUCUGUCAGUUCCUACCACAGAUGUGUCUCAGCUUACCCCACCUUGUCAAGAUCAAUCUCAGGUUCCACGUGUACCAAUGCAUACACUCGCCAUGGUUGUACCUCCACAGGAACCUGACAGAACUUUACAGGAGAACUCUCCUGCUGUUUUAGGAGUACAAAAAGGUACAUCCAAGCAGAAGUCCAGUUCCCUGCAGGUAGCAGAUCAGGACGUACUGCCACCUUUUCACCCAUACCAGCCUUUGGAGUGCAUAGUAGAGGAGACUGAAGGAAAACUGAAUGAACUGGGACAAAGAAUUAGUGCUAUUGAAAAAGCACAGCUUAAAUCAUUGGAGUUAAUUCAAGGUGAACCUCUGAACAAAGAUAAGAUAGAAGAACUUAAAAAGAACAGAGAAGAGCAAGUCCAGAAGAAGAAGAAAAUACUGAAAGAACUGCAGAAAGUGGAAAGGCAGUUGCAGAUGAAAACACAGCAGCAAUUUACCAAAGAAUACUUGGAAACCAAAGGUCAGAAAGACACAGUAUCUCCACACCAGCAGUGCUCUCAUAGAGGAGUCUUCCCAGAAGGGGAAGGAGAUGGUAGUCUCCCAGAGGAUCACUUUUCAGAGUUACCUCAGGUUGACACAAUCUUAUUUAAAGAUAAUGAUGUUGAUGAUGAGCAACAGUCUCCACCAUCGGCAGAACAAAUUGAUUUUGUCCCAGUCCAGCCUUUAUCAUCUCCACAGUGUAACUUUUCCAGUGAAUUAGGUUCUAAUGGGACAAAUUCUCUUGAACUUCAGAAAGUAUCAGGUAAUCAUCAGAUUAUAGGACAGCCUCAGAUUGCUAUUACUGGACACGAUCAGGGGCUGUUAGUGCAAGAACCAGAUGGACUAAUGGUUGCAACUCCAGCCCAGACGCUUACCGACACUCUUGAUGACCUGAUAGCAGCUGUGAGUAGCAGAGUGCCCACUGGUUCAAACAGUUCCUCUCAGACGGCAGAAUGUCUUACACCUGAGCCCUGUUCGCAGUCUCCAAGCAAUGUGGCUUCCCAGUCUGUGCCUCCUGUGUAUCCUUCAGUUGACAUCGAUGCACAUACUGAGAGCAACCAUGACACAGCAUUAACGCUAGCUUGUGCAGGUGGUCAUGAAGAACUUGUAUCUGUACUCAUAGCGCGAGAUGCUAAAAUUGAACACAGAGACAAAAAAGGUUUCACACCACUGAUCCUGGCAGCAACAGCAGGACAUGUUGGAGUUGUUGAAAUCCUUUUGGAUAAAGGUGGAGACAUAGAAGCACAAUCUGAACGAACUAAGGAUACUCCACUUUCAUUGGCAUGUUCUGGUGGACGUCAGGAAGUAGUAGACUUGCUGCUGGCUCGGGGUGCAAAUAAAGAACAUAGGAAUGUGUCUGAUUAUACACCACUGAGUCUAGCUGCAUCUGGAGGAUAUGUGAAUAUCAUUAAGAUUCUGCUUAAUGCCGGGGCAGAAAUUAAUUCAAGGACUGGGAGUAAACUAGGUAUUUCUCCCCUGAUGUUGGCUGCAAUGAAUGGACAUGUUCCUGCAGUGAAACUGCUGCUUGAUAUGGGUUCAGACAUUAAUGCCCAAAUAGAGACCAAUCGGAACACAGCUCUCACCUUGGCCUGUUUCCAAGGACGAGCAGAAGUAGUGAGUUUGCUUCUGGACCGAAAAGCCAAUGUUGAACAUAGGGCAAAGACUGGUCUUACCCCUUUGAUGGAAGCUGCUUCUGGAGGAUAUGCAGAGGUUGGAAGAGUUCUCCUAGAUAAAGGAGCAGAUGUCAAUGCCCCCCCUGUGCCUUCCUCAAGAGAUACUGCUUUAACAAUAGCAGCAGACAAAGGUCACUACAAAUUUUGUGAGCUCCUGAUUAAUAGGGGAGCCCAUAUUGAUGUUCGUAACAAGAAGGGAAACACACCACUUUGGUUGGCAUCCAAUGGUGGUCAUUUUGAUGUGGUGCAAUUGCUAGUGCAAGCAGGUGCUGAUGUGGAUGCAGCAGAUAACCGGAAAAUCACACCUCUUAUGUCAGCAUUUCGCAAGGGUCAUGUAAAAGUUGUUCAGUAUUUGGUGAAAGAGGUCAAUCAGUUCCCUUCUGAUAUAGAAUGCAUGAGAUACAUAGCAACAAUCACAGAUAAGGAACUGUUGAAAAAAUGUCACCAGUGUGUUGAGACAAUUGUGAAGGCUAAAGACCAGCAGGCUGCAGAAGCAAAUAAGAAUGCAAGUAUUCUUUUAAAGGAACUUGAUCUGGAAAAGUCAAGAGAGGAGAGCAGAAAGCAGGCUCUUGCAGCUAAAAGAGAGAAAAGAAAAGAAAAGAGAAAAAAGAAAAAAGAGGAGCAGAAAAGGAAGCAGGAAGAAGAUGAGGAAAACAAACCUAAGGAGAAUUCAGAACUACCAGAGGAUGAAGAUGAAGAGGAGAAUGAUGAAGAUGUGGAGCAAGAAGUUCCCAUAGAACCUCCUAGUGCGACCACCACCACCACAAUCGGAAUCUCUGCAACAUCUGCAACAUUCACAAAUGUGUUUGGGAAAAAAAGGGCCAAUGUUGUGACAACUCCCAGCACCAAUCGGAAAAAUAAGAAGAACAAAACAAAAGAGACCCCUCCCACUGCACAUUUAAUAUUACCAGAACAACAUAUAUCCUUAGCACAGCAAAAGGCAGAUAAGAAUAAAAUAAAUGGAGAACCCAGAGGUGGCGGUGCAGGUGGGAAUAGUGAUUCAGAUAACUUGGACAGCACAGAUUGCAACAGUGAGAGUAGUAGUGGUGGUAAAAGCCAAGAGUUAAAUUUCACUAUGGAUGUGAAUUCCUCUAGUGAUAGGAGAUACCCCUCACUGCUACUCCAUUCCCAAGAAGAAAAGACAAGUACUGCUGCUUCCAAAACUCAGACACGACUUGAAGGUGAAGUGAAUCCUAAUUCCUUAUCAACAACGUACAAGUCAGUGUCGUUGCCAUUAAGCUCUUCAAACAUAAAGCUGAAUCUGACUAGCCCUAAAAGGGGGCAAAAAAGAGAGGAAGGGUGGAAAGAAGUUGUUCGAAGGUCAAAGAAAUUGUCUGUUCCAGCCUCAGUGGUUUCCAGGAUAAUGGGAAGAGGAGGAUGCAACAUCACUGCAAUACAAGAUGUUACUGGUGCCCAUAUUGAUGUGGAUAAACAAAAAGAUAAGAAUGGCGAGAGAAUGAUCACAAUAAGGGGUGGUACAGAAUCAACAAGAUAUGCAGUUCAACUUAUCAGUGCACUUAUUCAAGAUCCUGCUAAGGAACUGGAAGACUUGAUUCCUAAAAACCAUAUCAGAACACCUGCCAGCACCAAAGCCAUCCAUGCAAACUUCUCAUCUGGAGUAGGCACCACAGCAGCUUCCAGUAAAAAUGCAUUUCCCUUGGGUGCUCCAAGUCUUGUAACUUCACAGGCAACAACAUUAUCUACGUUCCAGCCCACUAAUAAACUUAAUAAGAACGUUCCAGCAAAUGUACGUUCUUCUUUCCCAGUUUCUCUACCCUUAGCUUAUCCUCACCCUCAUUUUGCCCUGCUGGCUGCUCAAACUAUGCAACAGAUUCGGCAUCCUCGUUUACCCAUGGCCCAGUUUGGAGGAACAUUUUCACCUUCUCCUAACACUUGGGGACCAUUCCCAGUGAGACCUGUGAAUCCUGGCAACACAAAUAGCUCUCCAAAGCAUAAUAAUACAGGCCGUCUACCUAACCAGAACGGGACUGUUUUACCCUCAGAGUCUGCUGGACUAGCUACUGCCAGUUGUCCUAUCACUGUCUCUUCUGUAGUUGCUGCCAGUCAGCAACUGUGUGUGACUAAUACCCGGACUCCUUCAUCAGUCAGAAAGCAGUUGUUUGCCUGUGUGCCUAAGACAAGUCCUCCAGCAGCAGUGAUUUCCUCUGUGACAAGCACUUGUAGUUCCCUGCCUUCUGUCUCCUCUGCACCUAUCACUAGUGGGCAAGUUCCCACCACAUUUCUGCCUGCAAGUACUCCUCAAGCACAGCUUUCUUCACAAAAGACGGAGUCUUUCUCUGCCAUGCCAGCCCCCAAAGAGAAAGUGUCCACACAGGACCAGUCCAUGGCAAACCUGUGUACCCCCUCUUCAACUGCCAACAGCUGCAGUAGCUCUGCCAGCAACACCCCAGGAGCUCCAGAAACUCACCCAUCUGGUAGUCCCACUCCUCCCUCCAAUAACACACAGGAGGAAACACAGCCAUCCAGUGUGUCUGAUUUAAGUCCUAUGUCAAUGCCUUUUGCAUCUAAUUCAGAACCUGCUCCAUUGACUUUGGCAUCACCUAGAUUGGUUGCUGCUGAUAAUCAGGAUACCAGUAAUUUACCUCAGUUAGCUGUACCAGCACCUCGAGUUUCUCAUCGAAUGCAACCCAGAAGUUCUUUUUACUCGGUGGUACCAAAUGCAACUAUACACCAGGAUCCCCAGUCUAUUUUUGUGACAAAUCCAGUUCCUUUAACACCACCUCAAGGCCCACCAGCUGCAGUGCAGCUUUCUUCAGCCAUGAACAUUAUGAAUGGUUCUCAGAUGCACAUUAACCCAGCAAAUAAAUCUUUGCCACCUACGUUUGGCCCAGCCACACUUUUCAAUCACUUCAGUAGUCUUUUUGACAGCAGUCAGGUGCCAGCUAACCAGGGUUGGGGAGAUGGUCCACUGUCCUCACGAGUUACUGCAGAUGCCUCUUUCACUGUUCAGUCAGCGUUCCUGGGUAACUCUGUACUUGGACACUUGGAAAACGUGCACCCUGACAACUCCAAGGCACCUGGCUUCAGAUCACCUUCCCAGCGAGUUUCUACUAGUCCAGUUGGGUUACCAUCCAUUGACCCAUCAGGCAGCUCCCAAUCUUCCUCUUCUGCUCCUCUGACAAGUUUUUCCGGCAUACCAGGAACUCGGGUUUUCCUGCAAGGGCCAGCUCCCGUUGGGACUCCCAGUUUCAACAGACAACAUUUUUCUCCCCACCCUUGGACAAGCGCCUCAAACUCAUGUGACUCUCCUAUUCCAUCUGUUUCUUCGGGAUCAUCUUCACCUCUUUCAGCCACUUCUGCCCCACCAACAUUGGGCCAACCGAAAGGAGGCAGUGCCAGUCAGGAUCGAAAGAUACCUCCCCCCAUUGGAACAGAGAGACUAGCCCGGAUUCGGCAAGGAGGGUCUGUUGCACAAGCCCCUGUGGGGACCAGUUUUGUUGCUCCUGUUGGACACAGUGGAAUCUGGUCAUUUGGCGUCAAUGCCGUGUCAGAAGGCUUAUCAGGUUGGUCACAGUCUGUGAUAGGGAACCAUCCAAUGCAUCAACAAUUAUCAGACCCAAGCACAUUCUCUCAGCAUCAACCAAUGGAGAGAGAUGAUUCUGGAAUGGUAGCCCCCUCUAACAUUUUUCAUCAGCCUAUGGGUCUACCAAUUUCCAUGUAUGGAGGCACCAUAAUACCCUCCCAUCCUCAGCUUGCUGAUGUUCCAGGAGGCCCUCUGUUUAAUGGACUUCACAACCCAGAUCCUGCUUGGAACCCUAUGAUAAAAGUUAUUCAAAAUUCAACUGAAUGCACUGAUGCCCAGCAGGCCAGUCUGCUUCCUUCAGUCCCUGCUCUCAAAGGGGAAAUCUCAUCACCUCAACUAACGAGACCGAAGAAGAGAGUUGGACAGCCAAUGGUGGCCUCUCCUAACCAGAGGUAAGAAAUCUCAGGACUUGGAACUGUAGUUUCCAUCUUACAGAUUCUGGCCAAGUCCUCUUUCCAAUGUCAAAGUUAGUACAGGAGGGUACCAUCCUUAGUUUGAGGUAGCUUUUAGAAGGGGAAAGGCUGGUCAUAUUAGAGUUUCAAGCCAAAUAGAGGGGUACAAGUAGUAUACAUGGUUCUGUCCAACUGUUUAAGGCCUUUGUACCACAUUGUAAACCCAGGAAGAGGCAAACAAACUGUAGGAAAACAGCUUCUGAACAUCUUGUUCUCUAACUAGCCCUAGAGCUCUUCUACUAAGAAUUGUGGAUGGUUGUGACGUCUUCCCAGUGGACCCUGUCCUGGGGUGAGGGACUCUGAUAAUGCUGCAUUUUCUAUUCCUCAAAG